CCCCGCACGGGCUUGGGGUUGGGUCGGAAAAGCUGCCUCACGGGCGUGCCCGCCAGCCCCUCCCCGCCCCAGCCUCCCUUCCAAACUCCGCUGCGCUCUCCCGGAGGCAGCUCGUUGCUGCCUCGCAAUGUCCCAGCCGGCCCAGAAGCCUGCUGCCUCCCCGAGGCCCCGGCGCGCCGAGGCGGCCCGCCACACCCAAGAGCAUGUCCCUGAAAAAAGCAGUGGAUCUCCUUCCAGGUCAGGAGAAAAGAAAGGAGAAGAUCAGAAAAAAGCAACAAGCCAUGGGAGCAGUCAGCCCUCCAGAAUCCAUGCUGGUGGAACCGCCCCGGCCCCCAAGGUGUCUGCUUCCUCUGCAUCAACCAGCAAGUCUUCCAGCAUGAAUCCCACUGGAGCCAAGGCUGUAAAAACAGAACCUGAGAAGUUACAAUCAACUGAGCCACCUGUGGUUCAUGAGAAACAACCCCCAGAAGUAAAGCCAAAGGAACACACAGAGCCAAAAAGCCUCCCCAAACAUACAUCAGAUACACGAAGCAAGCAUGCGCAUAAAGAAAAAGCGGUUUCCAGAUCAAGUGGGCAGCCGACACCAGAGAGCUCAACAAAACCAACGACUAAAUCAGGGGAAACAAUUUCCGCUGGCGGAAAGAGUGUUGUUGCCAACGUAGCCGCUGCAUCUGGCAAGUCAGAAGACAAGCAGGAAAAAGAAAAUAAGUCAUCAGUGUCAGCAGUACCAGUCGAGUCCAAACCAGAUAAACCAUCUGAAAAGUCAGGGAUGGAUGCUGCUCUGGACGACUUAAUAGACACGUUAGGAGAACCUGAAGAAACCGAACAAGAUAACGCAACGUAUGCCGGACCUGAAGUUUCGGAUCCCAUGAGUUCUACCUACAUAGAAGAAUUGGGUAAAAGAGAAGUCACAAUUCCUCCGAAAUACAGGGAGCUUCUGGAAAAAAAAGAAGGGGUCACAGGACCUCCUCCAGACCCUCCGAAGCCCGCGGGGCCCGAUGAAGCCAUCGACGCCUUGUCCUCCGACUUCACCUGCAGUUCUCCUGCCCCUGGGGGAAAGAAAACUGAGAAGAAAUCAACGGGAGAAGUGUUAAAAGCUGAGUCAGCCACGGUAAUCAAAAGUGCUGUUCCACCCCGUGAGAAAAAAAGAAAGGUGGAGGAGGACACAAUGAGCGACCAGGCCCUGGAGGCUCUUUCGGAAUCGCUGGGCCGUCGGAAGUCCGAGCCUGAGCCUGACCUGAGCUCCGUUAAGGAAGUGGAUGAGGCAAAAGCCAAAGAAGAGAAACUAAAGAAGUGUGGUGAAGAUGACGAAACAGUCCCAUCAGAGUACAGAUUAAAACCUGCCACGGAUAAAGAUGGAAAACCACUACUGCCAGAGCCUGAAAAAAAAUCAAAGCCCUUGAGUGAAUCUGAACUCAUUGAUGAGCUGUCAGAAGAUUUUAACCAGGCCAAACGUAAAGAAAAACAAUCCAAGCCAACUGAAAAAACAGAAGACUCUCGGGCGGCCACCCCAGCUGCUGGGGCAGAGGCAGUGCCUCGGGCCUCCAUGUGCAGUAUACAGUCAGCACCUCCCAAGCCUGCGCCCUCGGGCCUGGUGCCGGACGAUGCCGUGGAAGCCUUGGCUGGUAGCCUGGGAAAACGGGAAGCAGAUCCAGAAGAGGGAAAGCCUGUGGAGGACAAAGUCAAGGAGAAGGCCAAAGAAGAGGAUCGUGAAAAGCUUGGUGAAAAAGAAGAAACGAUUCCUCCUGACUAUAGAUUAGAAGAAGUCAAGGACAAAGAUGGAAAACCACUCCUGCCAAAAGAGUCCAAGGAAUCACCUCUACCCUUGGAUGAAGACGUCCUUCUCGAUGCCUUGUCUGAGGACUUCACUGGACCCCCAAGCACUGCAUCGCUUCCAUUUGAACAUGAUAAACUUUCAGCUGCCAUCUCUGAACUGGUCUCCCAAACCGCAGCUCCAGCCCCCCAAUCUUCGGGCCCAACCCCGGCCACUUCGAAUGACAAAGAAAUUGAUGAUGCCCUUGAUGAGCUUGCUGACCGUCUAGGACACAGGCAGCCUGAUCCAGAUGAGGGCAAACCCAUAAGGGAUAAAGUCAAGGAAAAAGUUAAAGCUGAACAUAGAGACAAGCUGGGAGAGAGAGAUGACACCAUCCCCCCGGAAUACAGACAUCUCUUGGAUAACGAUAAGGGCAAACCAGUGGCGCCCCCUACAGAGAAACCCAAGGAAUCAAAGAAACCUGAAGAUGACCGAGACCCCAUCGAUGCCUUGUCAGGGGAUUUCGGCAGCUGUCCUCCAACUACAGAAACCUCAGCGAACACAGCGGAGGACAAAGAGGAGAAGACUGCUUCCAUCUCCAAAGCACCCAAAAAUAAGGGGAAAGCGAAGAAUUCUGCAAAGGCAAAGGAGGAAACCUCCAAGCCAAAAGCUGAUGAAGAAAAUACGAGUUAGAGUUGCCACUAUCUGGUAUCCACAUAUAAAAUCUACAGCUGGUGAAGGGUGACUUCUGAAGAACAAAAGGCUUUGACAACAAUUUUUUUCUGGGUGGCUUCUAGACGGUGAUAUUUGUUGAGGUUUUUUGUUGGGUUUUUUUUGUUUUUGACAUCCUAAAUAUCGGUUUCAUAUUCCUUUCCCAGAAAGAAAUUGAAUGUCCGGUUCACAUGUGUUAAUUGUACGGAGUAUUGAUAAACCUUGAAUUUUUCAAAAUUGCCUUGAGUUGGGAGAGAAAGGAACUUUAUAUUUCUAAGAGAUACAUUUGAUAGUUUCUUAAAGCAACGCACCCCCUCGCCCCCACAGAAGGAAAAACCUUUGCAAACUUUGCACAUUCUAUACACAGUGCCUGUAAAUCUCAUUAGUAUUUUUUGGUUUGCACAUAAUUUUUUGUUGCUGUUGUUAGCAUUUGGAAAACAACAACUUAAACAUUCUUCAAUGUUCUGAUUUCUCAUUACCCCUUUUCUCUUGGGCUUUUGAACCGUAUUUGACGUUUCUUUGGGUUAAUGUUUAUAAGUCUGAUAUAAAAAAUUGUGCAUUGGACACGUAUCUCCUCUUGCACUGCUAACGGUAAAUUAAUAGGGAACCUGGAUGGACCAGGAAGCACCGCACCCCUCUUCAGAGGUUAGGGAUUCUGCCCCUUAGAGUCAGCACAGAACACGCUGAAACUCGAAUCAGGUCAGGAGAGCAAGAUACAGAGUAUAUGUCACUGCACAGCACGUUCCAAGAAUAAUAAAGUCUACUUCUUAGAUUA